UGGCUUGUGAUGGACUCAGGGGGUCUGUGAAACGUCAGAAACAACGCAAAGGCAUUGCCACGUAAUUACAGGCUCCUAUUAAGUCGAUCUACCCUCCCAGGGGUCUCACAUUUUCAUGUAUUCCCUGUAAAGGCUCACUAGCAUGCCAGUGUGUGCCUUUUGAAGUGCAAGAGAGUUCCUUGAUCCAGCUGAGAGAAGCGCUCCUAAAAGCGCAGUGUCCAGCCUUCUUCCUCCGCGAGAGUAAUCCGAGUGAGUUUGCUCAUAUCUACAUCUGUAAGACAUCAUCUUUUCUAUAACCUUAGUCAUCUAUGUGAGUCAACAGGAGUAAGAAAGGGGGAACGAUUUUCCCGAAGAUAUUUUAAAAAGACGUAGCGAGGCGUUUCAAGUUAUGUCCCGAAUGUUCUGUGUGUGGAAGUAAGCAAGGGCUGAAGCGAAAACAGCGUGUUUACCAAUCUCUGCAAAAACACGCUCUUGAUCUGUGUGACGAGACCCAUGGUCGACAAGUUAAAGAAACCUGGGAGCUCACUGGUAACCGUUAUUCCAUCUGGAUAGCUACUAUUUUGAACUUUGUGUCCUUUGUUUUGAAAAAGUAAAAGAAAAAAAGACUUUUUUGUUUGUUUUUUGUCUUUUGGUGCUGGUUGUGAUUGUUGUAUUUAAGGAAUAUUUUGGGGGAUUUUUUUUUUUUUUAAUUUUUUUUUUUUGCAUUGAACGGUGUGAGUCAUGACUUCUAGUUAUGCCCAUGUAAUGGACAGGCAAGCUUCGAUUUCCAGUCGCUUGGAGAGCCCGAUUACAGCAAAUCUGGACAAUCUUCAGGCUAAAAAGAACUUCUCUGUAAGUCACCUGUUGGAUCUGGAAGAGGCAGGGGAGAUGGUGGGGACACACCCGGAGGAAGGUGCCGGAGAGGCGGGCAGGAGUAUGCUGGAGUCUCCGGGGCUGACAAGCGGCAGUGACACCACGCAGCAGGAGAAUGAUCAAUUAAACUCAGAGGAAAAGAAGAAACGGAAACAACGACGUAACAGAACCACGUUCAACAGCAGCCAGUUGCAGGCACUAGAGAGAGUGUUUGAGAGGACGCACUACCCCGAUGCCUUUGUGCGAGAGGACCUGGCACGCAGAGUGAACCUGACCGAGGCCCGAGUCCAGGUGUGGUUUCAGAACCGAAGGGCCAAGUUCCGCCGGAAUGAGCGAGCCAUGCUGGCCAGUAAAAACGCCUCCCUGCUCAAGUCCUACUCUGGGGACGUGACGGCGGUGGAGCAGCCAAUAGUGCCUCGCCCUGCCCCCCGAUCCAAUGAUUACCUGUCCUGGGGCACUGCCUCUCCGUACAGCUGGUAUCCAAGUCCGGAAGGAGUGCCAAUGAGAGUCUCACAGAAAAUGCUGCCUUCAGAAUGCAAUGCCAUGGCUACCUACCCACCCACAUGCGCUAACACCAAUACCACCCAGGGAAUGAACAUGGCAAAUAGCAUCGCCAACCUGCGCCUCAAAGCAAAGGAGUACAGCUUAAACCAGGUGCCAACAGUGAACUGAAAGCAACAGGAUUAUGGCUGCACCUGCUUUCACAAAGAAGACCUGUCCAAGACUGACCAAGGCUGGAAAAAUCUCCUGGGAAUUACAACUAAAGCUUACUCUACUUGGUGCAUCAUUCCAUUGAUGAAAAUUUAUAAGAUGCGAAAUCCAAUCAGACAGUAAAAGACUGAAUAAAACUUGAAGUGUUAAGAAUAUUAUGCCAUGGCAUGCUUCUUUGGAUGCUGUAACCCUAAAACAUUUGUAUAUAAUUAGACCAAAAAGUGUUCCCACCCCCCCACCCCCCCAAAAAAUAACCAACAAGUCUCUCGCCCGCAAGGUGUCAAAGUAAACAGAUGCAGACACCAUGCAUCAGUCUUUGGUGUUUGAGAAGGUAUCACCUGGCCUUUUCAGAGAUGUCUUUAUUGAAGAUCAUGGAUUUGAGAAGCUUCAAUCAAAAAAGUGGACCUUCUCAAUCACCCCAUUCUUGUGGACAGCAAACAAGCACAACCUUUCUGUCUCAAACAACUUUAAAGCAAGAUUUUGGAUUUUAUCGACUCAUGUCGCUGGGAAUUAUAAGAACAAUACAAAAGCUACAGACUGGGUUGUCUUAAUUAACUGUUUCUAUUUUUUUUUUCAUUUUAUACCACUGACUAACACGUGUCAACAAAGCAUUUGGUGUCAUAUUCAUUUUCAAUGAACAAAACCAUGCUUUUGAAAAAAAAGUUGUUUCUUUUUGUACUAUAUCUGUAUUUCUUACUGAAGGUUACGAUUUUGAAUAUAAUAAAAUAUGCUGUACAAACAA